AAAAACAAUAAUAUGGGUUGUAUGGAAACAAUAGCUGGUAUACUCUCUGUCGUUUGAAGGCUGGUGUCACUUCGCCAUGUGGGCGAUCCUUCUCUAGCAUGUGUAGCUAACAUACACGUCAGGUUAAAUACAUAGAGGCUACGAGCUUCCAGAGAUCCAAUAGUCCGAAAAGUACGGAAGGGUUGAUAUAGCGCUCAUUGACGUCCCAUCCCUAUUUCAAUUUUGGAGUAUGGAACAGCGGAAAGUGAGCCGUCAAGGUAUGGCAACAAUGCUCACACAGGUGGAAGAGAGUCGAAAGGCGAAAGAAAAGUAUGUUUUCUGGGAGACCCAGCCUGUAACGCAAUUUAACGAAGGUGGCGAGAUUGAGGAGGGUCCCAUCGCGGCACCUAGAGCCGUCGACGAUGUGCAGGCUCAGCCUUACUGCUUGCCAGACAGUUUUGAGUGGUGCGUGUGCAACCUGAACGAGGAUGCGGUCGUGCAAGAGGUGUACGAGUUGUUAAGUAAUAACUAUGUUGAGGAUGAUGAUAACAUGUUCAGGUUCAAGUAUUCGGCGUCCUUCUUGAAGUGGUGCUUGCUCUGCCCCGGCCACCGGUUGGAGUGGCUGAUUGGCGUUCGUGUGAAGGCAUCACGGAAGCUUGUCGGCUUCAUUUCGGCUAUCCCAGCGAACAUCCGUGUGAAUACCAAAACAGUGGCAAUGGUGGAAAUUAAUUUCCUCUGUGUUCAUAAGAAACUUCGCGCAAAGCGGCUUGCGCCCGUCCUCAUAAAGGAAAUUACAAGGCGAGUUAACAAGUGCGACAUUUGGCAGGCUGCUUAUACAGCUGGUGUUCUCCUACCCAAGCCGGUAGCUACUUGCCGGUAUUACCACCGGUCUUUAAAUCCGCGGAAGCUCAUUGACGUCGGCUUUUCACGGCUUGCGCCUCGCAUGACGAUGGCGCGGACGAUUAAGUUGUUCAAGUUGCCCGGAACAACGGCUACACCUGGACUGCGUGAGUGCCGGCAAGACGACACGCCACAGCUCGUCGAGUUGCUGAACGCUCACUUGGGCCUUUACAAGCUUGCUCCCAUGUUCACGCCUGCGGAGGUUACUCAUUGGUUCCAGAAUAUUGAUGGCGUUAUCAACACUUUCGUAGUGGAAUCACCUGACGCGCCAGGACGAGUGACGGACAUGGUAUCAUUCUACACGCUGCCGUCCUCGAUUCUAGGGCAUCCUCAGCAUACGGAGCUCAAAGCUGCGUACCUGUACUACACGAUUGCAUUGUCCGUCCCUUUGCGACAGCUGGUAUCGGAUGCCAUGGUCCUGGCGGCUGCUCGUGGCUAUGAUGUUUUCAAUGCACUUGAUUUAAUGCAGAAUGAGAGCUUUUUGCGCGAUUUGAAGUUUGGGCAGGGCGACGGUCAGCUGCAUUACUAUUUGUUUAACUGGAGACUAGCAGGAGGAUGCAGCAUGGCCCCACAGGAUGUGGGGCUGGUGCUCAUGUAGUGGUGGUCGUUCGUAAUGCAGGCGCCAGGCAUAAUAGCGUUUCGUUGAACAGUCUCUAUCUCUAUAGUUGUUUCUGGUCCAAUAAUUCCCAUACAUGCUGGUUUGGGCACGUGCUACUGAUAAACUAGGCUAGUUUCGAGUGCGGGGAGAGGGAAAGGCUGCAGGCUCCAUGGCGUUGUUGCUGCCGCAUGUUCAAAGACUGCCUACGAUUUUGUACAUGGCUUGAUUGUCUGCCUUGGGGCUUGGUUUCGUCGAAAACUCGGCAGGACCCUUUCGAAAAUCGCUCAACAAGCCACCCACGCAGUCCACGGAUAAAUCUAGGAGUGUGGGUGGAACCACACUGGUACCCAAUGUAGACAUGUCCAGUAUAUGGUGCCAGGUCUCCGCGAUUUCAGAUAGAGCUUUCGUGUAAUAGAACUGUCGUCC